GUCCCCCCCAAAUGAUUGCCAACCAGUUACGUUUCACACAUACGGCAAAUUUUAUUGACUCUCUUUUGUCAUCUGAAUUAUUUGUUUUGUUCAAAUUUGUUUUAAAUUUUUUUUUUUUUUUUUUUUUAAUUGUCCUCCAUUUCACAUUCCUUUGUGGUUCAUUUUUUCGUAUCAUAAUGCAUUAUUUGUAAAUUAAAAAAAAAGAGGAGCAGCUGUUUUUCUCAUUAAAUUAUUUUUCUCACGAGCUUUUCGCACAAGUAGAUUAAUUAUUGCUUUAUCAAGUGAGUGCCGACGGAUGAGCAAGCUGCGCUUUUCGCGUCACCUGGCUUUGCCUAUAAAUCGCUUGCACCACUCCCUCUGUGAUUGGUACCUUUGCGCAUGCGCGUCGGGGGAGCUCGACAAGUGGGCAUAAAUACAUACGCACAGGUCUCUACUCGAGUCCCGCUGCUGCGAUGUGAGCGGCGAGCAUUAGAGAGUUGUUAUACGCCUCCACUCUUCCACGCACGUGUAUUUUUGUACGCAUGUGCACAUAUACACAUGUGAGCCUGCGCGCUGAGUUUCUCUCCCCCACAUAAGGGGCAACUCCGGGAUACACGACUUGGCUUGUAGAUUCGCCACGUUGUUCAUCGCGUUCGCUUUGCUCCACAGGUGGUGAACUGUUCCCCCUGCUGCGCCUUCCAUUUUGGCAACUGCACCUGUUCGCAAAUUAUUUGAAAUAUUUUUUCCUUCACUCUGGCUGGGAGCAGCUCCUCUCCCGCGCCUCUCCCGUUUCGGCAGUGUUAUUUUGCCCCUCGCUAAACCUCACUUUUCGCCCACCCCUACCCCAAACGAUGAACGAAAAAAGUCACAAGCAGGCACCCCAGGUGCAGUCGGAAACGCUGUCGCUGAUAAAGAAGCAAUUUUUUAAAACGAAAAUGUGCCCCUUCCAAAAAAAUAAAAACUACUGUCUAAACGAGUCCAACUGCCAUUACGCCCACAGCAUUGACGAGUUAAAGCCAAUGCCGGACUUAAGGAAUACAAAGCUGUGUGAUUACGUGAAGAAAAAAAUCCCCUGCCGAGACGAAAAUUGCAAGUUCGCCCACGACAUUGACACGCUGAAGCCGAGUGUGCACUUGGCGACGUACAAAUCAACCAUCUGCAGCUUCUGGGGAAAGGGAAAAUGUUUUAACGGAAAUAAAUGCAGAUUUGCACACGGGACGGAAGAUAUGAAAACGAAUGAACAGAUGGACAUGUUGCAGGGUUCAAAAUGUAGUAAGAAAAAUAAAAAUAAAAUGAAGAGCAAUGCAACGGAUAUGAAGCAAGGGACUGCUUCUACCUACUCAUUCGAUACGUGCGAUUAUUCUGCUAAUGGGUCGUCGGAAAAUACAAACAUAUCUUAUUCAUACGACAAAGAUAGGGAUGCCUUCAUCUGCCGAAGGAGCGUAAUAAAAAAUGAAAAAACGAAAAUGAAAAGCAAAAGGAGAACAACACAAACACCCCAUUUGGAAAACGAAGUAACCGCAAGAGACACAAAUGACACCUUCGAUAGGGAGACGGCGGAUGGAGAUUUCCACCUGCCGGAUAGCACCAACGGAAAUUCCAUUAAAGAGGUGCUGAGCAAAAUUGAAAAUCUAGCCCUCUCUACCUUCAUAGAGAAUAACGACAAGUACGCGAAGGUUAUUAAGUACCUUUUGAACGAAAACAACCUCCUGAAGGAGUCCAUCAAGAAGGACCAGAGUGGCCCCCUGGCGGGGAGGGACUUCCCGGGUGGCGCAGCGCAGCAAUGUGCAGAUCGUCAAUAUGCAGAGCAGCAGUAUGAAGAGCAGCAGUAUGUAGAGCAGCAGUAUGCAGAGCGGCAAUAUACAAACCAGCAAUACACAGAUGAACGCUUCGCCACGCAGGGACCCCUCACCCAACGCUUCCCCAGCCCAGGCAGCAACGAAACCCAUUUUGGCUACCCCUCCUCAGUCGCAGUAGCAGCGGCAGCCAUCAACCGCAGCCUCAACGGUGACGACGACCUGACCAAGUACGUCCUCCCAGAAGACGCCACAGACAAUUACCUAUUCACAAAUGAGAAGAGAAACCCGAAGCAUUCCACGUCCAAUUUUGAUGACGGGGUUAAGGCAGACGACAAUCUCAACAGAAUAAUCAAAACGAUUGAUGACAUUCUAAUUUCUCAAAAUGUGGGAUCAUUUUCCAGCGUGAAAGAUGUAAACAGUCCCCACGAAGUUAGAGAGGCCUUUUCUGUUAAUAACAGUGGAGAGCUAGCUAACAGAGAUUAUGCAAACCUGAUGAGCAAUGCGAAGUCGUUCGAAACGGAGAGAAGUCUAUACCAUCAUAAUGGUAACUUGAGUAACGUGGCACAUAAUGGCAAACAUAUGGCUGGCGGAGAGGUCCAGGAAGAGGCGCAAAAUGAACCGUUUGAGGAAGGCAUAAUAAAUUAUCUCUCGCAAGGAAGGAAGAAAAGAAACUGCUAUGAGGAGAAGUUUGGAGGUGCACAGCUGCCACCCAUUUCGUAUGGCGUCUCCAUCGGAGGAAGCAUCCACAGUAACGGCAUGCACAACGUGAAGAGCACCACCAGCAACAUGGGCUGCACGAACCAGAUGAUGCUCGAUUUAGACGAACUCGCUGCCUCCAAAUUUUUUAACCCGUUUGCUUUUCACCAUAAUGAAUACAAAGGCCAGGAGGUGGGUCCACCCCAGCAGCAGAGGAUGCCACAAAUGCAGCGCAUCAGUCAAGACGGGUUUGACAAAAAUGGGGAGAUAGACACGUGGAAGGACGGCAUGGUUCUGUUCAGGAAUGACCACAUGGCUAGCUGCGUUGGGGGCAACGAGAGGGACGGGGGGUUCAGCGGCGUCAACUAUGCGAGGGGCGUUGGAGGUGAGGACGCGGCGAAUGGUUAUGCCGACAGGGGGUAUGCCGCCAAGGGGUAUGCGGUGAACGGUUUUUCCGCCAACGGGUACGCGGCCAACGGGUAUGCGGCCAACCCAUUUGCAACCAACGGAUUCGCGCCGAGCGACGGGGCGAGGGCAUUCCCAACGAUCGACCGCUUCGGCCGCAGGGGCUAUGGAAAGAGCGAGGUGUUCCUCCCCUCCAGUCACGGCAAAAAUGUGAACAGCGCAAAGGAGACCAUUCCGAACGUGGCCACUUCAGGCGUAGCCACUACAGGCGUAGCCACUUCGAGUAUGGCCAUCCCGAAUGUGACCUCUUCCAACGUGGCAAGCCCGCACCAGGUGCAGAAAAAACCAGCGAGCAGCGGCCCAAUGGGGAAGGAAAAAAAUGCGAAGCUGAAUUUGAGGGAAGGCGCUGAACUAGACAGCGGUAUGAACGUCGACAGAAAUUACCCCUUCAGCAAUGACAAGUCAGAUUUUCUCAAAAAAAUAAAAUGCUUAAUAUCGAAGGAGUUACAUUACAGCGAAACGAAAAACACACACUCGAGCGUAAAGAAUGUAAACCACCUGACGUACUGUAGUGAAAAUAAUUACCCGUUUAAGAAAAGCACCCAGCUGAGUGACUCGUUACCAUCAGCAUCGAAUUAUAACGCGUGCACUCCAGAUAUACACAACCUCACUUUUCUAGACAACAAUAAUAUAGAGAGCAAUAACAACAGAUGGUUUGAUGAGGUGAACAGUGGGAACAGCUUCGCUGCCAGGAAUGGAGAGGUGACGGAUGAAAAUGGUGGUGUGAGACUACAUAUGGACUUUUCUUCUUAUAAAAAGGAAGGCACUAAUGAACAGAACAUUUGGAACGCGAAUGCUAACUUGAACGAAUUUGUCUACCCGAUGAUGUCCCACGGGUGGAUGAACGAGCAGAAGACCGGCGACUUCUUUGGCGUGUCCAAGUCCGUCAAUUUGAGCAGCCUCAACUAGGCCGCGCAGGAGCGCUCACGGGGAAGCGGCGUUGACGAGGCGGCGUUGACGAAGCGGUGCUGACGAAGCAGUCACAGCAACGGGGGUAGAGACACAUCCAUACAUAUACACACCCAUACGUGCAGCGCGCACGUCCGCGAAACCCACAUUUGCAGAAACUGUUUUUACCAAACGAACCGUCUGCAAGUGCCCAUACAGAUGUUCGCCCAACCAUCAGACCACUUUAGCGCCCUCAUCUCGAUAAGGACCUGCGGUGUGCAUACACGUAUAUGUG